AUCAGGGACCAAAUCACUGGAUUGUUUAAAAAAAUAAAUAAAUAAAAAAAAAGGAAGGAAAAACAUCUCAGCUGGAUCACGCUGCUCCCCCCUCUCUUUCAUUUCUUGCCUUGUUUCAUUUCAGGGAGACGGACUGCAGCUCAUGCGGUGGUCAGCAGCAAGCAGAAUGCAAGGAAUCUGCUGUAUUCCCUCCGUCUCACACCAGAAGCCCACUGCACCGCUAGAGGACAAGUGAGGGGAGGCAGAUCCAGGGGGAGCAGUCAGGGGAGGACUCCGGCUGCUGCUGCUGCUGCUGCUGCUGCUGAGAGGAGGAACCGUACGGUCUUGUCCUGUUCUGCUCUGCACUUGUUGCCUGAGGUGUGUGAGCUCCUCCCUCCCUCCCUUCCACGGUGCCUGCUGUCAGUUCCAUCCCUGGGUGGCUGAGGCCAUGCUGCUGGUGCUGCAAGCCAUCCUGUCCUGCUUCUGCACCCUGCUGCCCAGGGUGGAACCUGCUGUGUCCUUGGAGGACUUUUACCCCUUUGGUCCUGACCAGGGAGACACCCAGACCAUCGCCCAGGACGAUGGAGGCUCUGGCCUCCAGGAGAUCUCUGUGGCUUUCCCUUUCUUCGGUGACAGACACUCUGGACUCUAUGUUAACAACAACGGUCUUGUGUCUUUCCUGAGGGAGGUCUCUCAGUUUACACCUGUAGCUUUUCCAAUUGCUGGCGACAGAAGGGUUGUGGCGCCGUUCUGGGCUGACGUGGACAACCGUCUAGCAGGCAGCGUCUUCUUCAGAGAGAGCCAGGACUCAUCCAUCCUGAGGAGGGCUUCAGGUGAUGUCAGGACGUACUUCGCAGAGUUCCCUGACUUCAACGCAACAUGGGUUCUCAUCUCGACUUGGCAUCAAGUUACCUUCUUUGGAGGAAACUCCCAAACGCCGGUUAACACUUUCCAAGUGGUGCUUAUUACAGAUGGAGAGUUGUCCUUCACCAUAUUCCAGUACAAUAACAUCACCUGGACAACAGGGAGGCACGCCAGCAGCGGGGGGGACCUUGAAGGGCUGGGGGGGAUUGCAGCACAGGCAGGUUUUAAUGCUGGCGAUGGGAAGCGCUAUUUCAACAUCCCCGGCUCCCGCACUGCCGAUGUGGUCAGUGUGGAGGAAACCACCAACGUGGGGUACCCAGGCAGAUGGGUGUUCAGAAUCGACGAUGCAAACGUGGAAGUGGGAGGCUGCAACUCUGCCUCCGUGUGUCCACACCUGCGUCCGUGCCUGAACGGAGGCCAGUGCAUAGAUGACUGUAUUACAGGCAACCCCUCCUUCACUUGCUCCUGCUUGGCUGGCUUCACUGGCCGCCGGUGCCAAAUCAAUGUCAAUGAGUGCGCCUCGGAUCCGUGCCAGAAUGGUGGGAGUUGUAAAGAUCAGAUUAACGGUUUCAUCUGCGAGUGUCCUCCAGGGUACGCCGGGAUUCACUGUCAAACAGAUGUGGACGAGUGUGAGGGCAGGCCGUGCCUUAACAACGCGACGUGUGUACAAGGCACCGGGAAUUUCACCUGCUUGUGUGAGCCGGGCUACACUGGGCUCCGUUGUGAGACAGACAUCAACGAAUGUGAAUCCAGUCCGUGCCUGAAUGGAGGCGAAUGCAUCGAUCAGGUGAACGGCUUCACCUGCACGUGUCCUGCUGCAUUCACUGGAACCUUCUGCCAAACAGCAAAAUGUCUUUGCCAGAACGGGGGCGUCUGUGUGGGCAUCAAUGGAACCUGUGAAUGCCCUCCAGGCUACACAGGAGCCUUCUGUCAGUUAGGAGUUACUCAGACCCUGUGCAGUAACAGCAGGACAUGCCCUGAUGGAAGUCCCUGUUUGGAGUAUGGAGGAUAUUACGUGUGUACGUGUCAUACUGGAGUACAACCCGAUCCUAUGGACUUUUACCCUGUACAGCCCCAAUCGGUGUGCGACUCCUCGCCUUGCCUGAAUGGUGGGUACUGCUAUGAACGAGACGGAGGCUACACCUGCGAGUGCAGAUACGGAUACUCUGGGAAACACUGUGAAAAAGUUAGACUUAAUACGUGUGCUUCCAGCCCCUGUCGCAAUGGAGGCUCCUGCAAGGAAGAGGGAGGGGGCUACAGAUGUGUGUGUCCUUACAGAUUUACUGGAAAACACUGCGAAGUGGGAAAACCAGACCCCUGUUCUUCCACUCCCUGUCUAAACGGUGGAACGUGUUUCCACUACUUGGGAAAGUACAAAUGUGAAUGCACUGAUGAAUACGAAGGCAAAGACUGUCAAAUAAGAAGGAGUUCAUUACAUCCCUCUGCAGAGCCGGGCUGCGGGCCGCCCCCACACGUCAAACACGCCGAGGUCCAAUUCUCCUCCACAACACCAGGCUCCAUUGCCGAAUAUGUAUGUCAUCCCGGGUUCGCGUCGGUGCCCAGAGCCGCUCAGAGCCUCUGCAGCGUUCAGGGAGAGUGGAGCCAGCCCCCCGUUUGUAAGGAGAUUAAUGAGUGCUUAUCACAGCCUUGUCUCAACGGCGGCUCUUGUCAAAAUAAGAUUGGCUCCUAUAAGUGUGUCUGCUUGGCCGGCUUCAGUGGAAAACACUGUCAGAUCGAGCAAGAUGGUUGCGAGUCCAGCCCCUGUCUGAACGGAGGCAUGUGCCGGGGAUACAGGCAGUACUACGUGUGUACGUGUAAAGAUGGUUUCUUUGGGGAACGCUGCCAAAUGUUGGAGGACCCGUGUGUGCUGAAACCUUGUGGAGCUCGCGGCAGCUGCUGGAGCGACAAGAGAGGAAACUACAACUGCAUCUGCAAAGUAGGCCUCACGGGCAAAGACUGUGAGAAAGAUCUGUUGCCUCCCUCUGGUCUCCAUGUACUGCGUGUGGAAGAGAACGAGGUGGAGCUGCGCUGGGAUCAGCAGGAGCAUUCCCACAGAGUGAUCAGCAUAUUCGCUGUGACCUAUGCUCCCGUGGGGAACAGCACCCCCAAAACUGACUACCUGGACAAGCAGCAAACCACUCACGUUUUACGAGAUCUCGCUCCCGGGAUGCUGUACAACAUUUCUACAGUCUCCAUCAGACUGAAAGCCUAUGGCAACGACACAAGCCAGCCUGCCACUGCACUGAUUCGCACCAGACCCCCACGGGUGGAAAAGCUGCAGCUGGUCAAUGUGUCCUCCUCCCAUGUUUGGCUGAGCUGGCUGGUCCAGGCUGCUCACCAUGCAGCCGUCAGCAGGGUGCACGUGUCUAUAACACCUUCAGAUGGGACCGAGGCUCUCACUGUUGCUCUCAACGCGAGCAUCACUGAGCACAGUUUCAGUUCAUUAAAGGCUGGUCAUAUGUACACAGUGGAUGUUUUGACUCAAAGCGGGAUCCGACCGGAUGAGUUUCCUUCUACCAGCCACUCAGCAGGACCUCUACAGUUCUGGACAAGGCCUCAUCCCCCUGAGAACCUCUCGCUGUCACACGUGACCCCUAACUCAGCACUAAUCACCUGGACCCGCCAUCCAAGACACGUCCCAGAUGGCUUUGUGAUCAACGUAACCCGAGGUCUGAACACCAGGAGUCGCUUCCUCCCUAAUGGGAAAUUAGGAUCAUAUACACUCCGUGAGCUGACCCCCGGACAGCACUACAACGUGGCUCUCAUGUCUGUGAAAAACACUGGGCACCAACAGAUUCACAGCAUACCGCAGCACUUAUCUUUCACUACAUUACCAGUGCAGGUCAGACCUGGGAGGAGGGAGCGGCCCCUGUUACCUGGACGCGUGUUUCCCACAUCUCACCCUCAAGAUCUGGGGGCCACAGCUGACAUAAAGAACUCUGGAGAGCUGUUCAGGUACACAGAGCUGGUCGACAGAAGGGGGAAGAUAACGGCGAAGUUCUCACACUUAACUCCGAAAGUCAUCCGACAUCGCACAAGACCUCCACCUAUCAGAUUAGAAAAGAUGGAGGAAACCACAAACAAAAUCAGCCUUGCACUAGAGAUUGGAGAAAAAGCUUCAAGAACACAGCCUGAGUCGUCCCAGGACUGCCACAGUCUGUCCUGCCAGAAUGGAGGGACGUGUGUGGAAGAAAGGGGCUCUGCCGUCUGCAGCUGUGCGACGGGUUUCAAGGGCAGGCAGUGUGAAUUGUUGUGCCAACGACUUCCCCACCCGUGUACCCGGCUCUACUCUGAGACUAAAAGCAUACCCGUCUGGGAGGGUGGCGUGUGCCACUAUCUGUACAGACGGAUGUAUAAGGUCCAGCAGGAUGUGUGCUACCGGGAGGUUUGUGAGCCCAUGCUUUCAACGAGAAAUCAGAACAGAAGAGUAAACAGACCCCAAUAAAGUUUGUUUUUUCCUCAAGCAUCUGGAUGCUGAUGAAAGAGCUGUCAUCACUGUCAUGUGGAAAAUCCUCCUAACUUUGUUUUUUUUGUUUUUUUCGGUGUAUAUAAUUGACUUGAAGUGUCUGAUUAUGGUUAUUUUUGUGCUGAGAACCCGUCAAGACCCACUGUAACACAAACCACCAUCCCUUCAUCUGAUUACGGCUUCACUGUUUGCAGGAAAAGGACAUGUGGUCCACAUUAUUUAUGUUUGCUGGAUGAUAUUUCAUGCAAACAAACACACAAACGCAAAUUUGGAUAAGCAGCAUACAAUACCUUUAAAUACCUCAUAUAAGUGCUGAGACGCAAGGAGAGGCUUUUAUUUGUGCUUCAGCUGCGGGUUUUGUCCCCUCAGGGAAAUAAUCACAGAAUGUCCCUGCCUUCGCCUCAAAACGUCCUCAUGAAACAAAAGAAAAAGGAAUAAAUAAAGUCUCACCGCAGCCCAUGAUCGGAUCUCAUUCUCUGCCAAGUGUUUCUAUGUAAAAUAUCCGACUCUGUCUUAGCAGGCAUGGUUGCCUGCUCCUCUGCUCUGUAAAUAGUGUUUAUAGGUCAUUUUGUAGGUGGAUAUUUUAUUAAUAAAAAUAA